AUGUCUACUACCAAGGCCUCGAGAAUCGGAGAAGAAACAAGGGUUGACAAAGUGAAUGCGGAGCUGGUGACAUUGACUUACGGGACAAUUGUUGCGCAGCUGUGUCAAGACUACGAUAGUAAUUACCAGGAAGUGAACAAACAACUGGAUAAGAUGGGGUACAAUAUUGGGAUGCGACUUAUUGAAGAUUUCCUUGCCAAGUCCGGUGUUGGCCGAUGUGCGAAUUUCCGAGAGACGGCCGAUAUGAUCGCCAAGGUCGGAUUCAAAAUAUUUCUUAACGUCACACCUACCGUGACCAACUGGACCAGUGAUAACAACCAAUUCUCACUUGUCUUCGACGAGAACCCUUUGGCCGACUUUGUAGAGUUGCCGGACGAUGGCAGAGCACAGGACGAACUAUGGUUCUCUAAUAUCUUGUGUGGAGUCCUCAGAGGGGCAUUGGAAAUGGUGCAAAUGCAGGUCGAGGCACACUUUGUCAGUGAUGUGUUGCGGGGCGACGAUACAACGGAAAUGCGGGUAUCUCUGGUGAGGUACAUCGAGGAUGAAAUGCCCCCGGAGGAAGAGUAA